UAAUCCGCGUCCCCUGAGAUAAACCUGCCGAAGCUUCUCUUUCCCCGAGAGACAGAGAGAGAUGAGCGGAGCUGGGACGCCGGACUUCUUCUACAGAGAGGCCCAUCGCCUGGGCUACGUGGCAAGAUCUGCAUUCAAGCUGUUGCAGAUGCAGAAGCAGUACAAACUCAUAACACCAGGAGCUUCCGUCCUAGACCUUGGAUGUGCUCCUGGUGCUUGGCUUCAGGCCUCAGCACUGUGCCAAUGCCAACAUUUGGAGUGUCAUUUUCUACUUCAAAGACUAUUGAAGUUCGAAAGUGCAACAACUAUAGCUUCUGCCAUCUUUUUAAUGGUGGCCUGUCAAAGCUUGGGUCCUUUGAAGAAUGGUGGAAUAGUCGUGGGUGUUGACUUGAAGAAGGUGAAGGUUCCUUCUCUUCAUUGCGACUCGAGGGUACGGACUGUUUGUGCUGAUGUUAUGAAUCUUGUGAAGGAUCAAGCUCGGGCUUUGUCUCCUCAGUGUAAAGGGUUCUCUGUGGUACUAUCAGACAUGUGCCCUGCAGUCUCUGGAAUCACAACUAAAGAUGCAGCUUUAUCCAUGGAGUUGGGGAUGCAAGCUCUGGCUCUGGCUGUGGGCAGGGCUGUUUUAAAUGGUUCAGAUGAUCAUGGGGAGGAGCGGUCCGAUGGCUCUGCUUCUGGUGUUGAUGAUGAUGGUGUUCUUCAAUUAGGGGGCAACCUCGUCAUCAAGCUUCUUGAGAGCGAAGAUGUACAAGGAUUUAGCAAGAUCUGCAAAUCCCGUUUCAGGAAAGCAUCGUUGUUAAGGCCCAAAGCAACACGGUCUUCUUCCAGAGAAAUUUAUUUGAUAUGCCAAGGUUUGCGGUGAGUGCCAUAACAACGGUUGAUUUUUUACUGUUAACCAACCGAGGGGGAGUUGAAACUUGAUGGCAAGGUUCUAAAUAUCGUAUUCAAACCCCUAGAAAUUGAUAUUGUGCCCCUUAUGCAGCAGCGACCUAUCGCAGCUCACUGAUUUUGAUUUUGCUGUGAGUGGCAAUGUACAAUUUCACUAGACCAGCGAAAAGCAAUUGGAAAAACUGUUGUCGUCGUGUAUUUCUGUUUAUGGAAAAUGGACCUGCAUGUACAUUGAUUUAACAUUGAUAAUGUAGAAAGCGUCAUCAUAGCUGUGUUGGUGGGCCCCAAAUUUAUGUAGUCUUUCUUUCUUGCA